AUGGAAGUAUUAUAUAAAAAAUUAAUGAAAAAAGAUCCUUAUUAAAAAACACUAUCCGAGCUUAGAUAAUGAAAAAGUUACUUUAUAUGAAAUAGAAAUAAAUGAUGGAGAUAAAGUUUGGAGAAUUGAGAAAAGGUAUCAUCAUAUAAUUGAGUAUUAGAUUUAAUUAGUUUAAGCAAUUAAAUUAAAGAUUAAGUGAAUAUUUUGGUAACACAAUUCCAUUACUACCUAAAUAGACUUAUACAACUUUUAUUGUUAAAAAAACUGAAUAAGAAAUUAUUGAAAGAAGAAAAGGAUUAGAGUAAUACCUUAAGUAAAUUAUAUAAAAUGAACAAAUUCUAAACUCAAUUAUUUUUAAAGAAUUCAUCUAAUCUCCUUCAUUUACUAUUUCCAAACUAUAAUUAGAUAGUGUAAGAACAUUUGAUUUGGGUCUUAGAGAUUUUUAUUUUUAUGAAGAUGCACUAUUUGUAUUACUUGGUGAAAUGAGUCCAUUAAAUAGAGCAACUACAAAUUUUCAUAAUAUGAAAUUUCCUUGGCAAGAAGAUAUUGAUAUAUCUAAUCUUAAACCAUUAGGAUAUUUAGAUUGUUUAAUUGGACCAUAGAUGAUAUGGAGAAAGAAAUAUAAUUCAUAACCAAUUAGUAUGAGUGUAAUAAAAGACAAUAUUUUAGUUGGGUAAAUUAAUCAUAUAAAUAUAUCAUUAGUUUAGAUAAUGGAAUUAUCAACCAUCUUUAAUUUAAAUCAAAAAAACAUUUAUUAGAAUCUAAUGAUUAUCAAUAACAUACUGCUAGGAUUAUGGGUUUACAUAUUUAUGGAGAUAAUAUAUAUUCAGUAAGUAAAGAUUAAAGAUAUCGUGUAAUGAAUAUCAAAAAGGGUGAUACUUUUAUAGGUAUUAUAAAUAUCAUCAUAUAUAAAAGAUCUUUAUCAUAAGCAUGAAUUAACUUGUUUAAAAUAUGAUGAAGCCAGAGAUUAUGCAUUUAUAGGAGAUAGAGGAGGAAUUAUUUAUGCUUAUCAUUAGGCUACAUUAAAAAUCAAUCUUGAUACUAAUUUAUAAUUUAUUAGAGAUUUGAUUAUUCAAAAAUCCUAAGACAUUAUCAUAGCUAUUGGAUUUUAAACAGGCUAAGCUAUUAUACUAAAUAUUUUUAAUAAAGUAUUUAUAAAAAUUAAUUAAGGAAAUUUAGGUACAAGAAGCUACAUAAUUCAAAAAUAAAAUUAAAAGCAGAUGUAUAGCUUGGUCCCUUUUUAGAGGAGAAGUUUACAUAGGAAAUUAAGAAGGAUUUGUUACUGUAUGGGAUAUUGAAAAGAAAAUUCCUAUCUAUGAAAUAUAACUUCAUAAUGGUCCUAUAACUAAAAUAUAUUGGAAUGACGAAGAAGAAAUGUUAUACACAGCCAGUAAAGAUAAAACUUUAAAAGUUAUAAUUUUUAUAUUUUUUUAGAUUACCUUUUUUAAUAAAAAUAAGCGAGAUACUUAAAAUUAUUAAAAUAGAUAAUCUGGUAUUCUCUAGAACGUCAAUUUAUGA